UCAAUUUCUUUUAAAAUAAAUGUAUAAUGUAACAAAGAAAGAUGAGGUAAUAAAGUAAACGAAAUCGUCGUUAUCUAAAGUACUAAUAACGAAGAUUAAUAGGACAAAUUCACCACAAAUAAAUCACUUAUCAUCGUCACUCCUAGUUUUCGUGCGAUUAUGGAGCAGCUAAAAGUGCCCCUUUGCCCCCUUUACACCUUAAAAAACGGUUUAAAUCAUCAUUUCGGGGAUAAAGAACCAUGGCAAAUUGUCGCCGUUACAACAUCUUCCGUUUUAGCCGGUGUUUGGAUUUAUAAUUUCAUUUUUGAUGACGAAUGUGUUAUUACAAGAACGAAAAAAGCUUUCUUUAGGUUAGCAAAGAAAAUUCCUGCGAUUAAAUCACGCCUUGAUAAAGAAAUAACUAAGGUAAGAGAAGAUUUCCAAGAAGAAGUGAGAAGCCGAACUGGUCAUUUAGACUACUUAAUCGCGCUCCCUGAUUCCGGGUGGUCCACAGAAAGUAUUAUUUCAAAGGUUGAGGGUGAUUUAAAAUUGGGGAAUUACGAUUGGAGGAAUGGAAAAGUAUCGGGGGCUGUUUAUGUAAAUAAUUCGGAUAUUAAUCAACUUGUGACUGAAAUUUAUGGCCGUACGGCUUUCACAAAUCCUUUACAUCCGGAUAUUUUCCCUGGAAUAAGUAAAAUUGAAGCGGAGGUUAUUAAAAUGGUUGGGAAAUUAUUGCAUGGGGGUCCUGAAGUUUGUGGAUCGAUGACGAAUGGUGGAACUGAAUCAAUUUUAAUGGCUUGUAAGGCAUAUAGAGAUUACGCCCGGGAAGUUAAAGGGAUUAAAAACCCGGAAAUCGUUGUACCCGUUUCGAUACAUAGUGCUUUCGAUAAAGCCUCCCAAUACUUUGGAUUUCGGGUUAAAUCGAUUCCUUUAGAUCCCGUUACUUAUAAAGUUGAUAUAAAAGCCAUGAAAAGAGCGAUUAGUAGGAACACAAUUAUGUUAGCUGGAUCAGCUCCUAAUUAUCCGUAUGGUACAAUAGAUGAUUUAGCUGCUAUUUCUGAGUUGGGUUUAAAAUACAACAUUCCUGUUCAUGUCGAUAGUUGUUUAGGGGGAUUUUUAACCAUGUUUAUGCCGGAUGCUGGAUGUCCUGUUCCGAUUUGUGAUUUUCGACUUGAAGGGGUUACCAGUAUUUCUGCUGAUACUCAUAAAUAUGGAUACGCACCGAAAGGAACUAGCGUUGUGCUUUAUCGAGACAUCAAAUAUAUUCAUCAUCAAUAUACCGUAACUACAGACUGGCCUGGAGGUGUUUAUGGGUCCCCAACGAUGUGUGGAUCAAGAGCAGGGGGAAACAUAGCGGUUUGUUGGGCUACAAUGUUAAAAAUGGGGAUGGAAGGUUAUGUUACGGCUACAAGGAAUGUUAUACAUACAGCGAGAUACAUUGAGAAACGGUUAAUUUUUAUUAAUAUUUUUUAAUUAACUUAAUUAUUUAUUUUGUC